AUGAGCUGCUACGUCUGCCUGCGUAGCCAUGAUGCUCAGAAGCUACCUUUUCUUUGCCCCGUGGACGCUAGAAACCACAUUUAUAGCGAUCGCAUUAAGAAUGCGCAGCUUCUAGUGGAGAACGAAAGUCUGCGCAGCCAAAUCAAUACCCUAAUAGACGGAGCCGAGGCUGUCGAUGCCGCCGCCGCUGCACAAACUCUAGCCGAUGAUAGCACCAGGCAGAUUCGUGACUCUGCAGACAAGGUUCGACGACAGAUUCGAGAUGCCAAGGAAGAAAUACGACAAAGGAAGGCCGCCAUCUCUGCUCGCCGCUCGAUGCUCGCUACGGCCUCUCAAGGUGUCUCGGAUCGCCGCCUCAAGGACCAGCGCGACGUGGAGAAGUCGACACAAAUGUUCAACUUCCGCUGGUCUCAGAGCGCAGAGGACAUGGCCGGCACCCGUGCGUUCUUGUGUAGAGAGGCUGUCAAGCUCUACGGCCUGAAGAGAACGCGAAAAGGCACCUCUGGUCGUUAUGAAUACUUGCUUGGUCGACUCCCAAUUGUAGAUCUAAGAGACAUGGAAUCGCAAGCGCCAGAAGCUAUAUCCACUUCGCUUGCCCAUACGUCUCACAUUUUGAUGCUCAUCGCUCAUUAUCUCGCUGUACGCCUGCCAGCUGAGAUCACGCUUCCUCAUCGCGACUAUCCGCGACCGACCAUCUUCAACCUUGCAGGUUCAUAUCACCAGGGCCGUGUCUCAUUUCCAGGGACACCCGGCACGACCACGAUACUGAACGAAACAGACUCGGAACAUUUACCGACACCACGGCCACUGUUUCUUGACAAACCCUUACGACAAUUCGCAAAAGAAAACUCCGCCGCAUUUUCCUUCUUCUUGGAAGGCGUCACUCUACUAGCUUAUAAUAUUGCCUGGCUUUGCUGUUCACAAGGAGUUUCCAUAGGCGACAAAAGUUCGUUUGACGAUAUCUGCAACAUGGGCAAAAGUCUCUACAGUCUUUUCGCUAGCUCAUGUCUACAAGGACCGCCGUUUACGAAUUCAACAAACGAUGAUAGUAAAACUCCCACAACUAAAGACGAAGCGGCUCCUAGUUGGAUAGGCCGCUACUCUCACGGCACUACAUUCUACGCCCUCGCCGGAGCUGAUGGCACCGAGCUAGUAAGGACUUUCAAACUACCUAGUCCAAUAAAGCUCGCGGACAAGCUGAAGAAGAAGAUCCUAGGGGAGACCUCAAACCCGGACUGGGAGCUCUUGGAUGACGAUGCUUGGAGAGUAGACGACGCUACUGGAGUCGGAAAUGGCAAUGGCAAUGAGCUUCCUGCUAUUGCCCUAGAACCACCAAGGACAGAAUCCAAAGGGUGGAUGAAAGUGAAGAGUAGAUAG